AUGGGUGGGCGAAACUCUGGCGGGAGCGGCGCGAUGAGGGCUGACCCCAAGGGCCACUCCGCAUCCCACUUGAACAGUUCUACCAAAAUAGACCAGUUCGCCUAUCCUCUUCCCCCCACCGCCACCAAAUGCAAGAUCAGAUGGGUGAAUGCGACGACGACAACGCACGACGCAGCUGAUAAGACACGAGGGUUGCUUUUUUUAUGCAACUUGCGCGCGAAAACGACCAAUACCGACGACGUUACGGCGCCAUUUCAGAAGCCUUUUGUUGUUCAUAUCAGAAACCUCUCCUUGCCGUUACCAUGUGUCUUUACCACAACAGUUGCUAUUGAUGGCUACAACAUCGGGUUCCCCAUUGCCGCACACGACCAGCACCACUCCUCGGCCCCCGUGAGAAGAGACCGCAGAUGA